AUGUCGUCGUCGAUAACUCCAUCAAUUCCGUCAGCCACCACUACUACUACAGAACCUUUUUCAGGUCGCUCGCUUACACCGCUCGAACCUCAACACGCUAUUCCAUCUUAUUUAACAAGUCAAAGACGUGGCUCAAUCACAGACCCUUCCCUUCAUUUGUCCGUACCUAACCCAGAAUUAGCAAGAAAAUACUCGCAACCAGAUGUUAAUUUCCAAAAUUCAAAUUCUUCAGAACGACGCGGAUCUUUUGUAGACAAUUUUCCGCCUUCGUCAUCGUCAUUUUCACGCCCUUCUUCUAUAAAAAGUGAACAAUCGUUUUCUCCUAUGGAGACGCGUAAAUUAAGAGAUGCUUUGCCUUCAAUUAGUGCAGGAGCAAGUCCUAUAAAAGACGGUUUCCCAGGACCUUUAAUGAAUCCUGCGUUUCAAGCUCAAAUACAGCAAAGGCGGCAUUCUAUUGCAGUCGGUGAAACCUUUUCACCAUUAAAACGAAAGCCUUCUUUGAAUACGCCCGCAAAUCCUAUUCAUCCUCUAAGCCCCGAAGAAUAUCCCGGUAAACGAAGAGAGUCAUAUUCAGAUCCUAAUAUUCAACGAUUAUCACUUUAUGAUCGUAGAAAUUCUUAUUCUGCGCCAUCAAGUCCCCCUGCACCAUCACAAAAUUCUCUUGCCUCUCAAAGCAGUUCGUUACCAAAGCUUAAUAUUAAUGAAGUGGAUACAAGCUUACAAGAACAUGUAGAUGCAUGUGGUAUUAAUCAAUAUGGGGACAUUGUAAUAUCCGACCUUCACACUUCAUCCAACAUUGCAUCAUCUCAUAUUAAUGGCGGAGGCGGUGAACACGGAGAAUCUUCACUUACAUUUUCACCGUUUAAUCCUCGUGUUUCUCAACUUGUACAGGAUGAAAUUAGUAGCACUCCAGUCCUCACUCGACGUGCUUCAAUGCCCGUCAUGACUUUUCCUUCACGAUUUAAUGACACAGUAGGUCCACAAGAUCCAUCAUCUAUUCCAAUGGACGUAGAUCGUUAUCAAACUCCAUACUCUCGUUCACCUGAAUUAAGAAUUUCUCAUAAAUUAGCCGAAAGAAAAAGGAGAAAGGAAAUGAAAGAGUUAUUCGAUGAAUUGCGAGAUUCACUUCCAGUUGAUAAGAGUUUAAAAACAAGUAAAUGGGAAAUACUCAGUAAAGCUGUCGACUUCAUCAAUACAUUAAAACAAAACCAAGAAGAAAUUUCCAAAGAAGUUGAAUCAUUACGCCAAGAAUUGGCAGCACUAAAAGGUGGAAGUGAUCUUAAUACAAAUGCUUCAACAUCGUAA